AUGACACAACACAGUGGAGACUCGCCACAUCUGCGCGUUUGUCUCCCUCGCAACAGGGAGGAGGCAGAAGCACCGGCAGCAACGCAACCGGCGAUCGAGAACGCCGAAGGAGCGCCUUCUCUUCACACGGAAACGUUGAAAUCCACACAAGAAGAACGCGACCGGAACGGAGAAGAAGUGACAGAACAACCAGAAGAAGAAGACGGAACAGAAACAGCAGAUGAAGACGAGUUGUCUAUUGAGGAGAAACAACGCCUUCUUUCUAUUCUGCGCAAACUCCUUCUUCUUCCCAAGGUCUCGAUCGCGUCCUCGGCUGACACACCGACUCGGUCGAAUAUGACCCAUGAUGAGGCGAUUCACCUGGAGAGGAAGGCAUCCCAUAAAGAAGGAGAGAGGAAACCAAAGAGUGACUCGGAGCGCCGGCAAGGACACGAACCGAGGGCGAGACAGAUUGACGCACAAGACGAUCCCUCAAACUCGGAGAGGGACAGUCGGGAUGGCGUCUGCUCUGCUGAUCGCGCAUCUUGGCGAGAACGCGAAGCAAAUGAAGCACUCGGUAAUGCGCUCGAAGCCGAACUGUGUUUUCUCUGGGACAGCGCAGCGGACCCUGCGCAUGCCGCGUUUCUGUUUUCCCAUGACUGUCCUUCGCUCCUUCUCCUUGUUCUUCGCAGCCUUCUUUCGCAGCUGCACUGCGAGGCUCAGACGCCCGUUGCUUCCUCUGUCGUUUCUUCCGAUUUUUCUUCGGCUGCGGAGCGUGAAGCGACUGGGGUGUCCGUCAAUCGGCUGGGCGAAAUUCUCCUGGGGAUUUUCGGCAACCUCCUCUCGCAGCGCCUCUUCGAGCAACGUCUGCAGGAAGAGAUCCGAGAACAAAGAGAGUCAAACCUGGCAACGGCCUCGCCGCCUUUCUGCCGACAAGUCUGUGAGUGUCUCGUCCAUUUUCUCAUUCUCGCGGAAGACACACGAAUUCUGAAAGAGGCCUUGCGGGCACUGACUGCAGUCUUCUUCAACUUCUCGCAACUCCCAGGCCACGUGCUGUUCUGGCUUCUUUCGUUGGCCGAAAAAGAUUCAGGAGACCGCGCAGCUUCGACGCGGCCACCGUCUCUCCAGUCUUCGUCCCUGUCUCCUCUCCACUGUUCCUCUUCUUCAUCUUCCUCUUCUUCCUCGUCCUCUUCUUCAUCUUCCUCUUCUUCCUCUUGGCCUGUGGAGAGUGGCAGUCAGACGAAAGAAACCCCGGAGGAGAGGGAAACAGACGACGACUCUGCCGCAGAAGCAGUCAUCUCAAAAUGCCUUUUUAUUCUUCGUCACACGCUUUGUCCUGAACUUGUCGGCGCUGUCGCUGCAUUUCUUUCUCAGCUCUUCACCUUUCUGCUCGCCUAUCCGUUUUCCUCCUCUCCUCGCUCUUCGUUUUCCAUUCCUCAGUCGCGUUCGUCUCUGACUCGUGCGUCUCCAGCGUCACUGCAGCUUCUGUUUCCUUCUCCGGCGGCCUUUCUGCUCGCUGUUAGCACGCCGACGUUUCUUUCCUUGCCGGCGUCUUCCUCUUUGCCGCUGGCAGACGACUCUGGAGGGGACAGCCUGGUCGUUUUGCUGCUCCAGAAAUGCGGAGAGUAUUUCGCAUCUCCGCAUCUCCUGCCACCGUCGCGUCUCGCCUCCCUCCUGCAGCGAGUCGCCCAGAGGGCCACGGACUCCGAGCAUUCUACCCUCUCGCAUGAACUUUUUGGAUGUGGUCUAAGCACGCAAAACGCUCGAACAGAAGAUGAAGAAGAAGAUGACAAUCCCGAGGAGCCCGAGCACGCUGGAGGGCUUGGGGAUUUGCUCCUACUUCUGGACGCUAGUGUCGUGCUUCUUCACGCGACGGCCGGCGCACAGAGAGAAGGCGGCGAAGACGCCUUGGAGACGACAAGUGCUGUGCAAACGCUGCCCAGUCUGCUUUCGUAUGCGCUGCAGAUUUGCGGGAAAACGCUUCUGAGUUCUGCGCAGCAAACGCCGCUUCUGCGCGCCUGCCUCCUUCUCCUUUUGCGAAUCGCCUCCGAGGCUGCGAGUCGCCAGCCUGCGCUGGAACGUGACCAAUCAGGCGACGAGAUAGAGACGAGGGAAAGUGGAACUGCGAUAGACUGCUCAACCGGGGGUUUGUCGGGGGAAACGGAAGUUUUCCCGCUGGGCGACGCGAGCGAGAGAAAGACCGAAAACGCGUGGGAAAGACAAGACAAACAUCGGGAUAUCGAGCGGUACGUGCGGAGGCGGGAGCGCGAAGGCGCGAUGCCUCUGCGGCGACAACUUGAGGUGUACAUACACCUCAUGUUGCGGACGUGGAAAGGCGAAAGCGUGCUCGAGAAACUGGUCCUGCUUGGCGAAGAAGAGGACAUCCACGAGGACGCAGACACGUUGCUCGGGAUCCUUUUCGUCGCGCAGUUUGCGCCGCGAGGUCUGCAAAUAGAAGCGAAAACGGAGUUGCUCAAAGUUGCACAGGCCUACGUCGCCGCCCGGCCAGCCGCGCGAGGUGUACAGACACCACACCGAGCAGGCAGCUGCCAGUCGCGGAGGCAAAGCGGGGAGGACGCGAGAGAAGUGGAAGCGGGGCAAGAGUUACCAGAGGAAGGCUAUCGGAUGGAAGAGCUUCUCGAUGCUUCUUUCCUCAAAUUUCUCCUCAACGCCAUCGACAGUUCACCGUGA